AGUCAGUGACGCUGCAGCCAGAGGAAGAGGCGGCUGCUCUUCAGGGUCGUUUCCCUUCAAACAUACACACAAUAUAUAAUAUAUAUAUAAUAUAUAUAUAAUAUAUAUACACAAUAUAGUUCACAACGGAGCCCCAAACCGACUCUGGAUCAGUAACGAUGGCGGAAGGCGACAACAAAAGCGCGAAUAUGCUCGCUCAGGAAACGGCCCAGCUGGAGGAGCAGCUCCAGGGCUGGGGCGAGGUGAUCCUGGCCGGGGAUCGGGUCGUGCGCUGGGAGAAGCCGUGGUUCCCGGCAGCCCUGAUGGGCGCCACCACCUUGCUCUUCCUGCUGAUUUACUACCUGGACCCAUCAGUGCUGACUGGGCUCUCCUGCUCUGUCAUGCUGCUCUGCCUGGCUGACUACCUGGUUCCCACCCUGGCACCCAGAGUCUUUGGCUCCAAUAAGUGGACCACCGAGCAGCAGCAGCGUUUCCACGAGAUCUGCGGCAACCUGGUGAAGACUCAGCGUCGGGUCGUGGGCUGGUGGAAGCGUCUCUGCGCCCUGAAGGAGGAGAAGCCCAAAAUGUACUUUGCCUCAGUGAUCAGCAGUUUGCUCGCAGUGGCCUGGAUCGGACAGCAGGUGCACAACCUGUUCCUGACCUACCUGAUCGUGAACUUCCUGCUUCUGCUGCCCGGCCUGAACCAGCACGGCGUCAUCUCAAAGUACGCGUCCAUGGCCAAGAGGGAGAUCAACAAACUGCUCAAACAGAAGGAGAAGAAGAACGAGUAGACGGACGUUUGACGGUGACGGGAAAUCUCCGACAGAUGAUCCACGACACAACGGAAGGUGGAAGGAAGUUGUUUUCGAAGAGAGAGAGAGGGGAGAGCUAGAAGUUAGCCUCCUGCUUCCUCGGCCUCCGCCACAGAGGAAACCACGAUCUUAUUUUGUUUUCACUCAUUGGAUAAGUUUCAUCCCAUCACCCACCCACUCGGUUAUUCUUAUGAAUUAAUCUGCCGUGCAUGCAGCUGCCACAUGAAGUUUAUGUUGUCACACGUUCUCACACACGAUACCGAAACGCUCAGAAGCACACACGCGCACACACACACGCUCCCCGCCACGUACACAAAGUCGAAAUGUUACUUCUGUUUCUUAGUUUGAGUGUGAGCUUCAUUUUAAGAUGUCAGUAAUGCUUUUAAGCCAUUCCCUCUACUUAGACAAAGCGACUACUGAGCAGUUUGUGUAGCAUUUACUGCAUCAUUUUAACCUCUCAUAGAUUCCUCAUCAUUAUUUCCAGGACAGUGUUUGUCACUUAAGAACAGGUCAUGUAAAUGUACCUUUAAAUAUUUUUAUUUUUUUGCUCAUUCUGCUUCAGUUGUAUUUAAAAAUAAUAGUGCUGAAAAAACAGAACUGGAUUUGAAGCGGAGCUCGUCAGGAGUGAAACUGUGUCUAGAUACAAGCCUACUGCUGUACCGCUGCUAGCUGGACACUGUGGUCUAUUAGCUCUUCUGUAAAAACCCCAGUGUGUUACUGGUGUGGGGGGGGGUGUCGCUGUGUAAAUAGACCUAUCCCUCACUCUGUCUCGGUCAGUCUAAUGUUUGUUUUCCUUUCUCUGUUGUUAUUUAUCUGUCCUUUCCUCCUCAGUCUCGUCGUUUUCUGGUCUCAUCACUGUCUUUCAACUCAUUUCAUUAUUUGUCUUUAUUGGAGAACUUUAAGAAAAUGAAUAAAAGUUUGAUUUCA